GGUAUUUGAAAACUCUGAUCCAAUACAGCAGAUAAUUUGAUAUGUCACUGAUGAGUGAGUGAAAUUCAAGCAUUUUUAUUCUUUCACUUUUGUACUUUCUUCUUCCUCUUUAGUGUUAAGUGAAAAUGUCAACAUUUAUGUUGGUGCUACAUUUGUUCAUCCAUUGCAACCACAGGUUGGUUAUGGAUAUGAGUUAGGCAAAAUCCAAGAAAAACAUACUUUAAGAAUGAACUGGCUCUUUGGAAUUUACAACAAAGAGUACUGUAGAAUUUUAUUAUUUUAGAUUUCUAUCAGUACAAUUUAUAAUACACACACACAUAGAUGAACAUUUUGUUUCAGAGAGCCAAAUGUUAAACAUUUACAAGCACACACAAUGUUUUGUUUUCCCUCCACUAGAAUGUAAUUCCUUGAGGGUAAGAAUUGUCUUUUAUUUCAGUGCUUAGAAUAACAAACGUAGCAGGUGCACGGUCAACAUAUGACACGGAUGAACAGAUGAACAUAGUUGGGAAUGCCUGGUUUCAUGCGUUCACUGUCAGACCUUAAAUUUCCAGCUCCACCAUUAUCCAGCUGUGUGGCCUUGAGUAAAUUACUUAACCUCUUUGAACCUUGGCUUCUUUAUUUAAAAAGAGGAGAUAAUUCUCUUACCUCACAGGGAGGUGUUGACAAUAUAUGCCUCUGUCUGGUACCUACUAGGUUUUUCCACAGAUGGGGAGUUUCCUCCUCCCCCUCCACCCCUGCCACACACAUACUCCUUGGAGACCCAGCCCUGCUGCUGUCACAAAUUUCAGUGAUGUCACAGCUCCCCUCCCUGGGAGCUCCAGCACAGCCAUCCUGAUGGCCAGCCUGAGUGCUGGCCGAAUUGAGAGGGGCAGGGAGCAGGGGGUGCCUGGUACCAGUCUUGCUCCACCUGUCCUUGAGGUCUCACAGCCCCAGUAUGAGUCCAUCAGCAAAGAAGAGGCCCAAGAAUAGAAUGGUUUCCAAGAUACAAGAUGAAGAACCACAGGAUAAGAUACCACAACCUGUCAAAGUAAUCAGGCGGAACCGACUUAAGAUGGUAUUAAAAAAUUUGUCGCUCUUGAAGCUGCUCAAGAGCUCAAACCCCCGGAUCCAAGAACUGCAUAGCCUGGCCAAAACGUGUUGGAAUUCACUGCUCAGAGUUCCGAAGAUCCUUGGGAUCUCCACUGGGAGCAGCAGCGUCUGCGAUAGAGUGGAACAAGAUAACGAAGAGCUCCAAGAGGCUGGAUGCCCCAGGAAGAUACCGGAAUUAGAGUGCCCAGGGGAGCCCCAGGUGGGGUUGGGGGGGAGGAACAGGGCGCACCAGCCACCGGUGGCAGUGCACCAGAGCGAGGAGCAGGUGGAGCCUGAGCUCCCAAGGACAUCGAAGGGUCAUGACCUGACCACUUACCCUGGAGCCCAGGGGAAGCAAUCACCCACUGGGGAUGCCCGCAUUGUCUUCCUGAAGACCUACCAGCACAGAACUCCCAUGGGGGACAAGAAGCAGAUGGAAGCAGCUGACCAGUGGAUCUGGUUUGAGGGGCUGCCCACACGAAUCCACCUCCCAGGGCCUCGGGUGAUGUGCAGAUCAUCCGCCCUGCGCUGGGUCAAGCGCUGCUGUACCCGCUUCUGCUCUGCAUCGCUUGAGCUACCUAUGUGCCAUCCAUACAGAGUAUGACAACACCACUGCCCGGCUGGGGUGAGACACAGGCCGAAGCCAGGCUUGGAACUGGGCCUGAGUCAGAGGCUCAGGAUCCAGACUCUUGGGGGCUGUGGCUAGCUAGCAGUGCUAGGGGGAGACCCCUCCCUCAGGCCCAGAGAGGGGGAAACCAUUGAUGGAGUCCACACAGCAGGGUGGUGGGUAGGCUGGGGCCUCUCGAGAUCCAAACAGGGGCUCUGGGGAGGGGCACUGGAAGUGGGGGUUCUGAGGUGGGUCAUCUCACUGCCUGGAGGCCUCAGGAGGGUCCACAAUUGCUAUGGCUCAGAAUCUCAGUCAGGAGUCUGAGUAAGGGAGUUCAGGGAUUUCCAAAUGUUGGGGGAAGGGGGAGCAGUCAAGUAGAGCUCUGCCAUAUCCCAUCCCCUCUUAGACCAAAUCACCACCCCACGUUUCAUUUAUUUAUGCUUCAAAUAAGAUUUACUCUGAACAAAAAGUUGCUUAGCAAAAAAGAAAGAAAACAAAAUACUCCACCCUUCCAUGAGAGAACUGAGGUCCCAAGAGAGGAAGGGAUGAAGGGCUUGGGGGUCCCGCUGAAAGGGAGGCUUGCCCUUCACAAAACCCGGAUGCCCAACCUGCAGGACUUCAGCGGGCCCUGGUCCCUGAGCCCUCUCCCCAUGCGGCAGCGCCCCCUGGCGGCCUUCUUAGCUCCUAACACCGAGGUCUCUGCUCACAGGUGGCGUGACCUUGGACGGGAGCCAGAGGUGUGAGGUGAGGGUGGAGAUGGCGCAAUCAUCUAAGCGGGAGGGAUGGGCGGGCAAAUUCACGAGUCUACAAAUAAAAUCUCCCAUUGGGAACUGAA